AGGUUUCGAGCGUCGCGUUUUCAGCAUUUUAUAAUUUUUUAAGAAGUUUUGUGCCAAUUUUUAUACACGUGCGCACACACACACAUCCGUACUUUAAGGUUAGCGAAUAUCUAGUCUUUCGGGAAUCAUCGGGUAUAUGGCGGAAACACCCGACGGGGUCCUAUCCUAGAAAGAGACAGCACUACACCCCCCUUACCGCAAAUUAAACACCCAAAUUGCCUUGCGCUCCAUCCAUUGAUUCUUAGAUCCAUGGUGCAGCCGCUUUAUAUUAUGCUUUGUUAUGCAUUUGACAUUUCAUGUAUGUACUCCGAGUUUGACAGUUUGACUCCGAGCGGUUCGAGCUUACAGGUUAACAUCGGCUGCGUUUAGCCGAAAAAACAGCUUUGCAACUGUUGUAAAAUUCUUUAAUAUGAUUGGUUUAUACAUUUAGAUCCAUGAAGAACUAAGAGCAAAAACCAAUUACGUUGAAGAAUCUUACAACGGUUGCAAAGCUGCUUUCUCUGCUGAUUGCUGAACGCAGUCAUUCAUACUGUUUCACACUUCGUGGCGCGAGCGGACGUCGGCGCUGCGGGCUGCCGUGCGGGAUGCGCCAGGAUCCUGAUAUCUCCUAAUCGGUGGGGUACUGGGGUCGGCGGAGUGUUCACGGGUGCGUCGCGGAAUGUCGUCUGAAUCUCGGGAUCGCGUACCGUAAAAGCCGGCCCAGAGCUCCCGGGGAGCUUUCUCGUUGGCAGAACGGAUAUAUAUGCCGUCGAGCAAGCGUAUCCGGACAGUAACAGCGUCCGCGAACUUUCCGGGCAUACGGUAUAGUGAUACUGAUACGUCGUCCCGCCGUGCGGACGACGCACUUUCAGACGUUGGGAUUCUAGAUAUCGAGAGGGUCGAGGAGCAUCGGCAGAGAAAGAAGAGAGAGAGAAAGAGAGAGAGCAAGAGAGAGAACGAUCCGAAAAAGAAAAGUACGCAGGGACGCCAUUCUCGCGGUGCUUUCCGAAUUCCGAAUUUGCUUCCGAGAGUUCUGAGUGCCAAGGAUUAGACUAUGUUCUCGCUGUAGUAGGUUAAGAUACUUGGUUUGGGAUCCUGACCGCGGCUUCGUAGAUGAAGAUGAGCGGGGAAAUGUUCGAGGGGAAAGAUUAUCCGACUCAGUGGGCGCUCAAUCCCUCCGCUUAUCAAAACAUGAGUAACGAUCAAGUGGAUUGGGCGGCUCUGGCGCAACAGUGGAUAAAGAUGAAGGAAACCGUCGUGCCACCAGCCCCACCGCCACCCAGCAUAAAUCCCACGUGCUCCGCGAAUGAUGGCAGCGGCGAGGCACCGAUGGAUAUGGACACCAAGGACGAUGACGUGCCUCCCGCGCCACCUGCACCAACCAUCAGUGGAUCUGAAGCCUGGACUCAGUGGAACCAAUGGGGUCACUGGAACCCCUCAACAUCCGGGACUGGGAAUUGGGAGUGGAGCGGCGUUCCUCCUCCAGGUGUUACCAUAGAUCCCGACAGCAAACCGAUCGGACUUCCAGCUGUACCGGUUAUACCACCCGCGCCGACGAUAUCGACCACUACUGACUUCAACACACCUCCCCCUGCACCAUCGCUGUAUUCGUACAACUCGAUGCCGCCAGGACAAUCGUAUAAUCAGGUUACCAACUAUUGGUCCGGUGAGCCGCCUAAUGCAGUAUCGCCACAGCCGCUUCCCUUCAUGAAGGGCAUGAGGCACGCAAGUAGAGGACCUCACAUGAGAGUUAUGGAUUCCGUUCGAUGUCGAGAUGACACCAGAGAAAAGACACCGGAGGAGGAUACUACUACGACUAUAGACGCCGCAAAGCGGAGACAACUGCCGGCGUGGAUCCGCGAAGGACUGGAGAAGAUGGAGAAGGAGAAACAGAAGGCCAUGGAGAGAGAGAGGCUAGAGAUGCUGAGGAAGCAGGAAUUGGAAGCUCGCAAGCAGGCGGAGGACGAGGCGCGCGCGGUGCUCAAUCCCAGCAAGAGUAAAUUUGAUUCGGAUUCGGAGAAGGAGAUCGAGCAGGAUUUUGACGCGAAUAACGCACGCGGGCAGCAGUCUGCGGAAAAGAGCUAUGACCGCACUCCGGAUAUCGUUGUACGGCCGCGAAAAUCGCGAUUCAGGGACGCUGAUUCGCCCGAGUCUCAUACGGGCCCCGAUGAGAGUCCGACCGCUGUGGCUAGUGCGAUCCCGAUCGUGCAGAAGCGGUCUCGGGAAGAAAUUUUACAGGAUGUGAUGUUGAAAGUGAGGAGAUCGUUGACGGAAAUACUUCUGGAAGUGACGAACGAAGAGAUUGGCGCGGUAUGCAGGGAGGUUUGGAGCCGCGCACGUGCCAAAGUCCCUGCAGGAGAGACCCCCGUCGCAUCCCUCAACAUGGCCCCUCUUGCUCAGAUCACUCGCGAAUCACUCGGUCUGAGCAUCUAUAACGACAGUAACAGCGAGUCCGAGGAGGAGCAAGGCGAGCAUGCGCAGAUUCAGAACGACGACAGCGAUGAAGAGCUAAAGGAAACUCUGAGACGACGGCAGCAGGCGUUCCGCAAGACGGAGGAGGAGAUCGAGGCGCGGAUCGCCGAGGAGGAGGAGAAGGAGGAGCAGCAGCGCGACGAGGAGCAGUACAGUAAUAAGCAACAGGAAAAUCAUACCGGUAAUACUAGCUGCCGAGAGUCAGUUGAUGAAAAAGAAACGGUAGAUAAUCAGAGAGAAGCGUCCGAGACUUUGUCGAGCGGCGGUCAAAGUCCAACGGCGGCGAUGACGGUGGCGGCAGCGACGCCGCAGAGCGCGCCGGCGGCCGACGGCCAGCAGGCGGCGAAGGCGGGAAGCACCGCGUCGGGAUCCGCCGAUUCCGAGUCGAGCAGCACCGAGUCCACGAGCAGCUUGUCCGAAUCGAGCCACGAAUCCGCGUCUAAGAAGCAUCACGAGAAAACGCGUGCGAGCAAGCAACAGUCGCAGCAGCGCGAGCAGCAGCAACAGCAGCGUUACAAUCGACGGCGCAAGUCGAAGAGCAGAAGCAAAUCGCGGAGUGGCCGACGAUCCACUAGAUCGUCGCGCUCGUCCGAACGCGGUGGCGGUGGCGGUGGCGGUGGCGGUGGUGGCGGCCACAAGCGGCCUCGAUCACGCUCGAGAUCAGCGAAAUCACGGAAGGACUACCGCUCGCGAUCCUCACGUUCCUCGAGCGAUCACAGAUCCAGCAGGAAGCGUCGUUCGCGGUCGCGCGACCGGAAGCGCGCGAGGUCGCGCUCGCACAGUUACCGCCGCUCCAGGUCGACGUCCACCGACAGAAAGUGGUCCUCCCGUUCCUCGCGCUCCCGCAGAUGGAAGUCACGCUCGCAUUCCAGGGAGAGGCGGCGUGACAGCCGGUCGCGCAGCAAGUCGUCGCGGGGAGCGAAGCGCGGAAGAUCGCGGUCGAGGACGCGCAGCCGCUCGCGGGAUCGCAGACGGUCGAGGUCCUACGUCUCCGGGAGAAGCCAACGACGGGGCAGUCGGUCCAGGUCGCGGGACCGAAGUAGAAAGUCACGGUCCAAGUCGAGCUAUCGCGAUGGUAAGAAGUCGUCACAUCGAUACAGGAAUUGAGGUCAGGACCCGCUCCUAGCCCAAGCAUCUCCCACUGGCUUCCGCUCGGCUUCGAUGUUUCACUAUGAUUCAGUUCGUCGACGUACACGACAUUGUGGUACAGUUAUAAUUUU